GCGCGACCACGCGCUCCCGACUGAAGGCGAAUGCGGUAGCCUACGAAAAAACAAGCAGGCGCAGCGCCGGAGAGACAAGACGGGCACAGUUUACCUCCACAUCACAAGAUCAUAUUUUGGAGCGGAAAUUUCACGCCCUGUCGGGUCGUGUUACUGUUAAAGACUGCUGAGGAUAUCCACGGGCAGAAACAAUAGGAUGCAGUUUAGACUUGGCUGGUGACUGGUCUACAGGCUCUCCACUUCUCUUGUCCCUGGAGUCAGCCAGUUGGGGGGCAGAUUCCUGCGUUCCCUUUCUCUCAGUCUGAGUCUUUGUCUGGACAAAACCAACUGCCCACUAUUGGAGUACACAGCUCGUCCUCGCCCGUGUUGCUUGGAUCAGCACAGCUCAUCUCCUGACUGAGGAGAGCGCAGCAGCUGCACAAGAUUCACCUUUUACCAACUGAUCCCUCCCGGCCCCGCCCACACUGCCCCCUCACCAUGGUGCUGUCACAACGGCAACGAGAUGAACUAAAUCGAGCGAUAGCCGAUUAUCUACGUUCCAAUGGAUAUGAAGAAGCAUAUUCCACUUUCAAGAAGGAGGCGGAAUUAGAUAAUAAUGAAGAACUGGAUAAGAAGUACGCCGGCCUUUUGGAAAAGAAAUGGACCUCAGUCAUCAGAUUACAAAAGAAGGUGAUGGAGCUUGAAUCCAAAUUGAAUGAAGCGAAGGAGGAGAUCACCCUGGGUGGGCCUGUAAGUCAAAAGCGAGACCCCAAAGAGUGGAUCCCACGUCCACCAGAGAGGUACGCGCUGAGCGGCCACCGCAGUCCAGUGACCCGCGUCAUCUUCCACCCAGUCUUCAGUGUCAUGGUGUCGGCUUCAGAGGACGCGACAAUAAAGGUGUGGGACUACGAGACAGGGGACUUUGAACGCACACUGAAGGGCCACACAGAUUCAGUGCAGGACAUCUCUUUUGACCAGACUGGCAAACUGCUCGCAUCUUGCUCUGCAGACAUGACUAUCAAGCUGUGGGAUUUCCAAGGCUUUGAGUGCAUCAGGACCAUGCACGGACAUGACCACAAUGUUUCGUCUGUAGCCAUCAUGCCCAAUGGAGAUCACAUCGUUUCUGCUUCAAGGGACAAAACCAUAAAAAUGUGGGAGGUGGCAACUGGCUACUGUGUGAAGACCUUCACAGGCCACAGGGAGUGGGUCCGUAUGGUGCGGCCCAACCAGGACGGCACACUGAUUGCCAGCUGCUCCAACGACCAAACCGUGCGUGUGUGGGUGGUGGCCUCCAAAGAGUGCAAGGCUGAGCUGCGGGAGCACGAACAUGUGGUGGAGUGCAUCUCCUGGGCACCAGAGAGCGCCUACCCCACCAUCCAAGAGGCCACAGGCUCUGAGACCAAGAAGAGUGGUAAGCCAGGCCCAUUCCUGCUGUCUGGCUCCAGAGACAAAACCAUCAAGAUGUGGGAUGUUAGCAUUGGCAUGUGCCUUAUGACACUGGUCGGCCAUGACAACUGGGUGCGUGGCAUCCUCUUCCACCCCGGAGGCAAGUUUAUUGUGACCUGUGCAGAUGAUAAGACCUUAAGGAUCUGGGACUACAAGAACAAGCGCUGCAUGAAAACCCUGUGUGCCCACGAACACUUUGUUACCUCUCUGGAUUUCCACAAGGCUGCUCCCUAUGUGGUCACUGGGAGUGUAGAUCAAACAGUAAAAGUGUGGGAGUGCCGCUGAUUUGGACCUUGGAGGAUUGGACCACCACCCCCAAUUACCCAGGCGCUCCUCUGGAUCCCACCUCUCCUCCUGCCAUCCCACCUCCCCUCUCAUCCCCACUCCUCCUCUCCCCUCACCUAACCCAAACCUCACCCGCUCAUCAUCUCCUCCGGCUGCACUUACCACCAUGGUUAUUUACCCAUCGCGCUCUCUGGUCCAAUAACUAUUGUCCUUCUAUGUAAAUUAUUCCUGGAUGUAGAUCGAGCUAUUAAAUGUUACACAAAAAAGUAUUCUUGCAUGGUAAUCCAAAAUUGUAUACUGUAAAUUUACAUAACGUCUAGAAGUACCAUAGGUUUACCACGGGGCUGGCCGUCUGUCACGCAGCCUUACCGACCAACCGAAGGCAGAUGUUUUUGACUGGGUGUAAAAUGUAGGGCACUAAAAACCGAUAAUUUAAGAAAUGACAGUGUCUUUAUGUGUAAGAUUUAUUUUUGUCUAUUUUUUUAUUUAGGAUUUUUUUUUCUGUUAUUUCUCUCCUUCACUGUCGUAGUCUGUUGGUGCCUAGCUUGGUGAAACGUUCGAGAGAUAAGGCUGGAGAAGCAUAUACGAUGCGAUAAGAUACGAUUGUCUGUGGGGCUUUGUUAUUGAAAUAAUCUGUAGCUUUAUAACAUCACUUCUCAAGUGUGCAUACCAUUUCUCUUCAUGUGGAACUAGGUAAUAUUUUAAUGGCUGUAUAUACGAAUGUUUCAAACUGUUGUCCUUGGACCUCGGGGGCUUAAACACAGCUUUGUACUCUUGUCAUGGUGGCACAUGAACCACUGCUAGGCUCUAGAUAAAUGAUCCCACUUAAUGAAUCUGCAGCGAAGAAUUAAAAAGAUGAAAUGUAUAAAAGUGGCUUUGUGGAUAACCGCACAGUUUUUCCACAAGAUGCCCAAUGUAGAGAGCAAGUGUGUUUGGCUUCUGCUGUCAACGAGCGCCCUGGGUGACAGAAUCACCUGAGCAGAGUUCAGGGAUUACACCUGAUUAUUCUCUAGCACUUGAUAAACCUCGGGUGUGUCUCCCGUAAGGAGGCGAUUUCCUGUGACCUUGCAUGCGAGACUUAUUAAACUGAAGCCUCUGUCCACUUCCAGUCCCCUGACCGGUCAGUCUCAGCGGGGCUCAGUGUAACAUAGGAACUGUGUAGAUGCUCAGUCGUCCCUCGGCGCCUCUGAAAGCUACAAACAGAAGCCUUGUGUAAAAUAAAUCUGCUAAACAGGAGACAUUAAGUAAGGCAUGAGGAGUCAAAGUGAGCCCCCUGGGUUUGAUAUCUGGGAUGUGCAAAGAUCUCUAAUUUCUGAGGGGUGAAAUAUAUGUUCUGCAUAAUAAAAAAUGGUUUUGAUUAAAAAAAAAAAAAAAAAGUUUUCUGUGAAAAUAUGAAAUGUAAAUUUAGCUUGUUAUCAGGAGAUUUGGCAAUUUUGUAUUAUCGCACUAAAGGAUGAACUGGAUGGGAAUUUAGGGUUAGUGAGGAAAUGCUAGCAGCAGACAUGCUAAGUGAUCUGUGGGUGCUAUUUUGGAGGAUCUCUACGGGCACACCCCGCAGACCACCUCACACGUAUGCAAACGUCUUCUGAGUUGCUUUCCUCAAACGUUCAGCUUGUGAUCUUCGCCGAGCUGUAACUGAACGACUGGAAAAUAACUGUAAACCAGUCCACGCUGUAGAAACAACCAUUCCACUCCCCUCGAGGAGGACAAAAAAAAAAUGAACCAUCUUGCUAACUGUAGCUGACAAGGUGCUUCAUUAAUCUUGCACAUCCCUGUUUUCACUAAAUCUUUGGUCCUUUACCGACGAUCAAAGACGACAUUAAAAUUUAAGGAUGUUGAUAAAUGCAUAAACCUUAUAAUUUCUGAUUAGCCGUUUUCAUUCCAAUGCAGUCUUUGGCUAAUAAAGAAUUCCACUGCUUAACCGACCUUCGCUUCUUUGCCACGUUUUCCUCUUCCUGUGUGUACUGGAUGUGGUGAUCUGCUGCUCAAGCUCCUGCUAGUGGCUACUGUGAGCCUAACGUGACCUGUUGAUGUAGCACUGCUGCAUGUAAACCUGCGCCAGAGGCAGAGUUGUCGGAACGAUAGUUUAAAUGCUUAAUUACUGGAUCCUUUCAGAGACCAAUUGGUUUGAAUAAAGUGGUGGGAAACUGUCUGUGGAGCCUACUUUUGAGGAGUAUUUGCUGAGGGUUAGUUGAGAAUAUAUCACUCUAAUGUACAGUGUGUGCUGUAGAUAUGAAGCCAGUUAGCUUAGCUUAGCAUAAAUACUGGAAACAGAGGAAAACAGCUAGCGUGGCUCUUUACAACAUGAACAAAAUCCACCUAGUAGCACCAUGUGCUGGACUACUUCUUGACUGGAACCAGUGACUUGAUGGGAGUCUUCACUAGUUGCCUGCUAACAGAUGCUCAUUUAUAAUAUUUGUAAAGAUUUUAAAGGACUCCGGCAAAAAGUUUUGACUGCACCUAACAUGGAUGUUCUUUGAAAACUGACAUUUGUGAAUUAGGAAUUUUGAACUAGUAAGGUGCUUGAGUCUCCCUGGUUGCCUGGCAACUGCCCCAUGUUAACCAGUCUUAAUGCUAAGCUAACUGUCUCCAGCUACAUAUUUAUUGUACAAACAUGAGUGUGAUAUCAAUUUUCUCGCCUAGUCUAACUCUCUGCAAGAAAGUGGGUAAGUGUUUCUCCAAAUGUCAAACUGUCCUUGAUCAGCCGGCUCGAUGAGUUCAGACAGCUUUGUUCAUUGGUUGUGGAAAAGGCUGGUUUUGUUGUGUGUGAUGCUCUUCGAAGGAGGUCUACCUCCUCUUCUGUUAAUGCAAUGGGAUUGUGGCAGACUAGGAUGUCCCAAAGGAGAAUACCUCUCUUUCAGGGUAUAAAACUCAUGUCUCCCUUCGCUGUGUGCCCCUUUACAAAUGUCUUAUUUUUUUUCUACAAGCUGUUUUCUCUGUCCUGACCUGACGCAAAGACUUUGGGCGGAGAAUCUGCAGAUUUUGUAGUACAAUUUGGCAUGAUUCAUGAAGAUGCCAGUGUGUUAAAUGUUCUAGCUGAAGCCAAAAAUGGAGACAUUUGUCAGUACAAUCUGGUUUAGCUUGAGAAAUCAGCCUCCUUUUGUUGUUGAUAAUGAUGCUAGUCUCCUCAGGAUCACGCUAUGACAUGCCAGACCAUAAAAUGUAAACUAAAACCUUUCUGUCCUUGGUUGUACCCAAGGAAGGUGGUUAAUCAAAGGUCAGGACGAUGUGUGUUCUGUUUCUUUUGUAAGAAUCGGUGGAAACAAAAAAGCUACAGCACAGCUGGUGGUGUUGUAGGCAAGUGUGUGCCCUGAUGAAGAAAAUCCCCUUUUGCCAUUCGCAGGUCCCAAGCAAUCCCUGUUCUGCUCUGGUCUGGUGUGUGAAGGGACUGACAGACACGUUUUGACUGUCUGUGGGUCGUUUCCUCAGGCCUCAAGUUCACCUGUACUCUGUAACCUGCCUGUGAACCACAUCUGAGGGCUUCAGACUGCACAACAAGCUCCUACAGGAGAGCUUGUGAUGUUUUCGCCACUAAGGUCUCACUCUUCACUCAGCAAACUGUUAACAAUAUACCUGGAUGUCAUUAUUGUUUGCGAUAUAAUAAAAGAAGAAAAUCUGCA